CUUCAAACCGAAUCUUCUGAAACGAUCUUACAAAGUUUUAAGGGAUCAUAAAUAGGGGAAAUGCUUUGUUUGGCAUUUAAGACCACGUGCUUAUGGUUACUAACUUUUAAUCGCGUUUUGUUUCAGUAAAAGGUUGACGAUUCAACCCUUUUCUCUUUUUCUUUUUAGAUUAAAAUCACUCGCUAUUCAUUCGUGGUUCAAAUCCAGCGGUGGAAAAUAAAAAACCGCAGCGUGCCAUGUCUCAGAGCAACCCAUUCCAGCUCAUGCAGACUUUGAGGAAGACUCCGGCUGUUGUCCGGUGCCGUUUCCGCCAGGACCGCGCCCAAACCCUCUCACAUGGCGACCCACUCUUCAAGGUGCACUACCUCGGUACAGAAAAGAUCUACUCCUUGGAUGUAGAACAGGCUGAGGAGGCCAUAGGCCGGUUGCUAGAGAAAUCGCCAGAUACGACCACUCUAGGCAAACUGGGCAAGGAACACGCUCUUGUUGUUCGACCACGCUAUGUAGAAGUGAAGGAGAUCAGCACAGGCAGGCAACUUACAAAGACCUAUCUAAAGGACAUUGCCUAUUGCACAGCAGACGUAACCAGGCCCAAUCUUUUCCUCUAUAUCUGUAAGCAGCGAGGACAGCAGCUCCAGUGCAGAGUGUUCUGGUGUAGUAGGCCGGACCGGGCUAAAGAUAUGACUGCCUGUUUAGCCAAAUCCUUCCAGAGAGCUCUGAAUGACUCGCAAGAGGAGGAAAGCAAUCACACUAAAGAAGAAGAAAGCAAGAUGGAUGGGAAGUCAGUUGCAGCCUUGGGACAAGGAAAAAGUUGCACACUACCAGCAGACUUGAGAAAGGUCGGUGGUAGAGGGAGUAAAAGAGGAGAACCAGUAUAAGCAGCUGAAACACCACUGCAAUCCUUGAGACUUUAUUGAAAGUCUUUGUAAAACAGUUACUGCUGACAUCUCUUCUUUGGGAAUUUUUUCAUGAAAACUCGAUGGAAGUUGAUGAACAGUCCACUUUUGCCCCUAUUUCUGUAAGGGCAUAAAAUGCAGUAUUAAUAUGAGAAUAUGGAUGGUCUCAAGUCUGACAGCAACUCUCUGUAUAGUCAAUUAUUGGUGGGUACAAUGAGACAGUUACAUUGGAAUGUUUCCAGUGCUUGUAAUGCCUCCAAGUGUUUGUCAUGUAAUUAGAAUCUGUUGCAUCGGGAACAUUACAACAUGAGUGACAGCUUUAGUUGCCCAAUAGACUCAUUUUUGACUCUUUUUUUUGAGUUUUCUUAAAAUGUUUUAUUUGAUAUUUUUUCUGGUUUUAAAAUGUUGCUGAAGGAAUGUUCUUCAUGUACAUUAAUUGGUAGGCCUCCAGGCACUUCGUAAACAGAAAUCUUGACAAGUUGGUUUACAAAUGUAUUGAUAAAGGUUUUUCAUCUUGACACUUAAAAUCAGCAUUUAAUUUCACUGUUCCCUUCAUAUGUAUUUCAGAGUGUCUCUUUAAAACAUUGUAUUCAAGUAAGAAAGACUGUGAGUGGCAGUGGUUCUGUAACUGGGACGUUGUGGCCUUCAUGUUAUUGGCCAAUCUUUUUAAUGGACUUCCUCAGUUUCCCUGGAGUUUUUUUUAAAUGCCUUAGUCUGUUACAUCCGACAUACUGACUUAUUACGCUCAGUAUAUUAAUCCUAAAUAGAAAACUUUUUAAAGAAGAGAGAACCAUGUGAACGCAUGCACUCUACAUUACAAAUUUCCAAUGUAUUAAAAAUUUCGUUUAAAUGACUAAAAACUAUUAUUGUUGUCUUAAAGAUAGAAGAUAUAUACUGUUUUGCAAAUUGCUAAAUUUACACCACUAAUCUAGAAAGUCAAUUUUUCUACUUUGGAGAGGUCUAUGUUUGUUUUUGUCUUGUUCGGCACAUUCAAAAUAAAAAGAAUGCCCAUAAAACAAAAGGUAAAGGAGUAUUAUGGGAUAGGACAACUGAAGCGCUGUCAAAGUCAUCUGUGGCAUGCUGUUGAUUACUACAAAACAAAUUAACUUGUUACUCAGUUUGUAAGAAAAACAGGAAAAACUGAACAUUUGUACAUUAAAGCGUAAUGUACUUAAAACGAACGCCUAAGAGGCAAGUGCACUGUAGGGUUUAAAAGCAGGAAUGUAAAAAAUGUCCUUGUGUGUUGUUCUGGGCAUUUUGACUCAGACGUCUUUUUUAGUUUUUCCUUAAUAAAAUUGGAAUAAAAUUCUUUGUACUUUUUUCACAUAUGGUAUCUGAAAACACAAAAACAUUGACAAUUUUCUUUACAUUUUAUGGGUUUUAUUUCACUUUGUUACACUUGUUGUGUUCCCAUUGGAAAUGAAUGGAUUAGACUUCAAAAUACAGAAAUAUUAAAUGUUAUAUAUGUAACUUGUCAUAAUUACUAAAAAAAGAAGUUGAUAAAAAUAUAUAAUACAAAAUCUUGUGAUAAUAUAUGCACUAGGAGAGGUUUAAAGAUGAAGUCAGAAGUUUACAUACACUUUAGCCAAAUACGUUUAAACUCUGUUUUUCACAAUUCUUGACAUUUAAUUGUAGAAAACAUUCCCUGUCUUAGGUCAGUUAUCAUCACUACUUUAUUUUAAGAAUGUGAAAUGUCAGAAAAAUAGUAGAGAGAAUGAUUUAUUUCAGCUUUCACAUUCCCAGUGGGUCAGAAGUUUACUUACACUUUGUUAGUAUUUGGUAGCAUUUCCUUUAAAUUGUUUAACUUGUGUCAAAUGUUUUGGGUAGCCUUCCACAAGCUUUUCACAAUAAGUUGCUGGAAUUUUGUCACAUUCUCCUAUUUUUAUUCUUUUCAGGCAUAAAAAGCAGCCUUUCAGGUUAUGUUGAUAUAGAACUUGUUUUACUGUGGAUAUAGAUACUUGUCUACCUGUUUCCUCCAGCAUCUUCACAAGAUCCUUUGCUGUUGUUCUGGGAUUGGUUUGCUCUUUUCGCACCAAACUACGUUCAUCUCUAGGAGACAGAAUUUGUCUCCUUCCUGAGCAUAUGAUGGCUGCGUGGUUUAUACUUGCAUACUAUUGUUUGUACAGAUGAAUGUUGUACCUUCAGGCAUUUAUCCCAAGGAUGAACCAGACUUGUAGAGGUCCACAAUUUUCUUUCUGAGGUCUUGACUGAUAUCUUUUCCCAUGAUGUCAAGCAAAGAGGCACUGAGUUUGAAGGUAGGUCUUAAAAUACAUCCACAGGUAAAACUCCAAUUGACUCCAGAAGCCAAUUCCCUAAAGGCUUGAUAUAAUUUUCUGGAAUUUUCCAAGUAGUUUAAAUUCACAAUUGUCUUAGUGAAUGUAAACUUCUGACUCACUGGAAUUGAGAUAUAGUCAGUUAAAAGUGAAACAAUCUGUCUGUAAACAAUUGUUGGAAAAAUUACUUGUGUCAUGCACAAAGUAGAUGUCCUAAACGACUUGCAAAAACUAUAGUUUGCUAAUAUGAAGUUGCUAGAGUGGUUAAUGACUUCAACCUAAUUGUGUGUAAACCUCUGACUUCAACUGUAUAAAUUAUCUUAGUGGGGUGGUCAUUUAUGACCGGGAACACGAAAUGAACAAACAGGUUAAAAUGUUAAAACAGGGUUCCCACAGUCAUGGGAAAACCUGGAAAUAUCAGUGAAUUAUAAAAUGUUUAUUCCCAACCCAGAAUCUAAUCAUGUCAUGGAAAUUUCUAUAUGAAAAUCAUGUUUUACUAGUUAAUUCUCAGCUCUAAAAUAUUUAAUUGGCAAGAAAUUAAUCUUUGAGAGAGCAAUCUCUCAAAUUAUUUCUAAAAAUCCUUAUCCUGUCAUCAGGAGCAACCAGGAAAGUCACUGAAAUUAGUUUGUGAAAAGGUGUGGGAACCCUGUUUUACAAACCUGAGCUUGUUUGUUUUUCUACAUUCUAAGAGUUACUGUGUAGCUUGGACAGCAAGCGUCUAAUCUCUCGCUUCUCACCCACUCCACUAUCUUUUGAUACUGACUUUUUCUAUUGGACUUCCAAGAUUCCCAUUUUGCCAUGUUUAAAUAUGUUUAAGGCUAAUUUACUUUGCAUUGAAAACAAUAUGAAAAUACUACCUGAACUUGCCUUAACUUGAGGUGCACAUGCUAUUACAGUAAUAGUUCUUUUUUGGGUGUGUGUGAACUUUGUCAUCAUUUCACUCCAAAACCAUACAACUUGGUGGCUAACAAUCUGUCUAAGAACUCCUUUUGUCUUCCACGGAAGCAAUUCAUAGGUGUUUGGAACAACAUGAGGGUAACUAAAUGUUAGAAUUUUCAUUUUUGGUUGAACUAUCCCUUUGAGCACUAUAGAAACUACUAUUCGUUUUAUGUGCAUACAUGCAAGGGAUAAUGCAGAGGUCCUGAUUUCCCUGUCUGCGAUAAUGACUGGUUGACUGGUUGACUG